AUGGGCCAAAGUGGUUUUGAGUUACCGAAUUUUUAUGGAGGCGAGCAAGUCGCGGCUACUGGUAGUACUGGUACUGCCGAGAGAACAUCCGCCGGAGACGUAGAACGCGGUGCCGAAAUCACGCUCGAUGAUUUCACCACGUAUUUUGCGCAAUUUGGCCCUGCUGCGGAGCUUUCCCUGUUUUGUCGCAAUGCAAAACACGCAUCAAUCACCGCCAGAGCCACAGCAUCGACAACUACAGCUGGCAAUCGCGGGGAAGUGAAACUAGUAACAUCAAGUGGAGGAAUGCAGGUACAGGUAGAAGGACACCACAUGGCUUCUCUCAGUACACCCACAAACCACGAUGCACUAAGCCAGAUGAUGGAACCACAAAGCCCAUCAUGCACAAAAGUAUACGAAAUUGUGCCCGAAGUAUACUUCAACCGCGACUUCAAGCUUGAGAAUCAUGACGUCUUUAGUUAUGCUGAAUGAUACAGAAGCAAGUAGAGGUUUGGGUUUCUGUUUUUCCAGCCAGAAAACGUCUGCGCCAUCGUGCUCAAGCCACUCAAAAAACUACUUACAAAAUUGGAAGUUGUGCAAUGAUGCAUACUGAUACUUACAGUAAUCAUUUUUAUGAAAGAGUUUUUACAGAGUACAGUAGAGAGAGUGGUACUAGUAAGUACAUAAAGAUGAGGCUCUAUUUAGAUUUUCACUUGCAGUCUCUUUUGUGAAAGUGAAUCUUGGAUUGGCUCUGCUAAGAACCGCAGUCGAUAGCCAAGAGCUUUGCGUCACAAGAGGAAACGAGCGCACGAAUGCAGGACUAUCUCGCAGAGGUCGAGGAGGCUCUCUUUAAGGCUUCCCCUAAUCCAUCUUAAGAGGCAUCUCGAAGCUGUCUUCUAAGGGGAAAAACAGAUCCGAGAUGAAUCCCAAGAUGGAUUGGGGUGAGCUCUAAUCUCUUCGAGCAGGUGAGGGAAGCCCACCGCCUGAAGCUAUUCGAGACGAUGAUUUUCUCACUCGCGGCUCUCAUGAAGCAGACAGAGAAAAUGGAAGCCAGGGUGAAGGCGCUGUAUGACAUACCUUCUCGUAUGCUGGAACAACAAUGCCAUUCGUAGAUCGUAUGCUGGAACAACAAGCGAUUAUACUAGAUGUAGAUUUACUUUUACGUACAUAUUCGGGCAGCUCCAGUAGUCUUUAUUUUUGUCUAAAAGCAAAGCUAGCUUGUUCUAAGUCAGUGAUCACACUGAGAGUGACAAAGUAAUCCACCUCCGCGCUGGUGCAGUCAAUGGUAGUGGUCUACCUCAUCUUUCUAUUUGUGCAUGGUGCAGUAAUAUCUCAGCGGCGUGUAGCUUAAUAAAUAAUAAUGUAUAUGCCUGUAAUUGUUCAUCUCGAUACUUUUUGUUUAUACUUGUUGAAUACGGGUACUUACUGGAAGCAACAAGUACUUAAUACUAGUACGAAUUGAUCGUGGAGGUAGUACGAUUGAUGUUCUAUUCUACUUCAUUUGUCUCGGGACCGGUGGAGCGCGUACAAAGGUUCGUAUCACGUAGCACGACGUGUGGGCCAACUCGGGUGCGCAAAGCAGCGACUCCAGGACCUACGGCGCCGCAUCGAUUUGAUUUUCACGGUGAGGGAAAGUGUUCCCACGAUGCAGAUGCUGAUUGCGGGCGAGGACUACGUUACCGCACUAGAACUUCUAGAAUCCACGCAAAGCGCACUUUCCGCCCAAGACAUGCUGCGAGGCGUCACUUGUGUACGGCCUGUCCGCGACGAGGUUGAAAGCCUGGCACGGAAUAUGGACUCGACUUUUGCUGACAAGUUUGUCGCGCAGGCGG